AUGUGGCAACGCACCAAGCACACCAGCAAGUCCGGCUUCGACAAGCUGUGGGGCUGGGCCGACAAGCUCGGCGCCCCCGUCAACAGGCUGUCCAACAAGCUGGGCUCCGAGGCCUUCUGGCCCACCACGCUGGACAAGGAGAGCGACAAGGCUGCACGCAUUCUGCGCAGCUUUUGCAAGGACGGCUUCUACGACGAGGAGGUCCUGUCCGCCGUCGACGGCCCCCAGCAGAAGCAAAAAGUGCUCAAGCACAUCCCGCCAGAGGUCAUCCGCAAUGCUGUCGGUCUCGCCAUCUUCACAACAAUGCGCAGUGGCCUUUGGGUCUCGGGCGCCGGCGGAAGCGGAAUCUUGGUCGGACGGACCGACGACGGCUCAUGGUCACCACCUUCGGGCAUCAUGCUCCACACCGCCGGCCUCGGCUUCCUCGUCGGCGUCGACAUCUACGACUGUGUUGUCGUCAUCAACACGCACAAGGCACUGGAGGCUUUCUCAAAAGUACGAUGUACCCUUGGGGGCGAGAUCAGCGCUGUCGCCGGUCCGGUCGGCGUCGGCGGAGUCGUCGAAUCGGAGGUGCACAAGAGACAAGCACCCAUCUUUACCUACAUGAAGUCGAGAGGAUUCUACGCUGGCGUCCAGGUAGACGGGACCGUGGUGAUAGAACGGACAGACGAGAACGAGAGGUUCUACGGUGAACACAUAGGCGUUGCAGACAUCCUUGCCGGCAAAGCACGGCAUACACCUCCCGAGGCCCGGCCUCUGUUGGAAACCAUCAAGGCAGCACAAGGCGACGUCGACAUCGACCAAAGUUUGCUAUCGUCUGAGCCGCCACCGGGAGACUUCGAGAUCGACACGUCAGACCACAUAUUCGGAGUACCGGAUGUACUCGACGAUGACCCCUAUGGAGUCCUCGCUUUGGAGAAGCAAGGGCUGCACAUCGUGGAGGCAGGCACCGGGAAAAGGCCAACGAGCGAGGCUUUCGAAUUCAACCCGAGCCCUCAAAGCCCGCUCUUUACCACAUUCAGCAGAAAGAGCUCUGAUCGGAACAGCUAUCGGGACAGUUUCCGAGACAGCUAUCGGGACAGCCGGACGGUCAGCAGGAGGAGCAGCUGGAGGACUAGUACCCUCAGCAGUAUGACUGAUCGGGCAACCCAGACCGUCGACAUGGGCGUUCAGACUGACUUCGAUGGGCCCAGCGUUAGCAGCAGCCAGAGAGUGUCGGAAUCUGAUAGCCGUUCGCCCAUGAAGGAAAUCCCUGAAAACGAAGUUGCUGAAAUCCCACCUGCCGCACCACUUGCCUUGUCUAGGAGAAGCUCCAACUCUGCGUCAAGGUCCAUGAAGAGCAUCAGAGAGCAGGCCAAAGAAGAAUCCGAGGAGGCACAGGUGAUUGAGGAGAUGGAGAAGGAGGAGCACAAGCAGGAAUUCGAGUCGGCUGCGGAGAAGCAGACGGAAGCAAUUCCAAAGGUGCAGGUGGAAGAGGAGAGGUCAUCUCAAACCGCAGAGUUGGGCCCUAGCGAAGUCAAGGAGAAGAAUGAGGCUAGUGACGGCCUCAGCGCACCGGAACUCAACCCUGUGAGGUUCUCGACAUACGACUUCGAGAACGUGGCUGUCGAAGAGCCUGUUGUGCAACAGCUUCGGCAGGCCGCCACCCCGCAAGCCAUCCGCGCGAGACUGGUGACUGUGAAGAAGCCAACCCCUCCGAGAAUCCCGCCGCGUAAUCCCAUUCGGAACCGCAAGGGUCCUCUAAUCAUCAACGCGGAACCCCAGAACGAUAUCCAUGCUCAUGACAGCAUAUCUCCCCGGUCGCCACCUUCUUCGUCUGAGCACCCUUCCGUAAGCACCAUGGACAGUGCGUCGACGAUCAGCUCUCGCGACUCAUUCACGUCCGAUGAGGGCAUGGACGCAAUGAGUAAGCGUAUCAGCGUGAUGCGGACGAGCGACAGCGACGAGACCGAGGGCAAGAUGGAGAAGAAGGCCCUGUCGAGGAGUAACUCGGAUGAAUUCCACUCGAUGCCUGGCACCCCCGACCAGCGCCCCAAGAGCGCGAUUGAGGAAGACUUCUCUUAG